AUGUCGGCGACACGACCGGUUACCUUGCUUGGCACCAUGGCCUUCGGUGGUCGGGCGAACGCCGAGCAGAGUCUGGAUAUGGUCAAGACCUUCCUGAACCGUGGACACAAACACUUGGACACUGCUUUCAUGUAUACGGAUGGAAAGGCGGAGAACAUCAUGGGGGGCAUGAACCUCCCCCAAACAGUCAGCAUUGCCACCAAAGCAAACCCUUGGGACGGCAAGACAUUGAAACCAGAGAGCGUGCGCUCUCAACUGGAGACCUCUCUCAAGCGUCUGCGAACAGACUGCGUAGAUCUUUUCUACUUGCAUGCGCCCGAUCACCUCAAUCCAAUCGUGGACACCUUGCGGGCUUGUGACCAGCUCCACAAAGAGGGGAAAUUCAAGGAGUUUGGCCUGUCCAAUUAUGUAUCAUGGGAAGUGGCUGAAAUUGUGUGCCUGUGCAGACAAAAUAAUUGGAUUGUGCCAACUGUUUAUCAGGGAAUGUACAACGCCACCACAAGACAGGUCGAGACGGAGUUGCUGCCAUGCUUGAGGUACUUUGGGUUGAAGUUCUACGCAUACAACCCUCUUGCAGGGGGCCUUCUGACAGGGAAGUAUCACUUUGAGGACAAAGAUUCAGCUCAGCCUGAAGGGAGGUUCUUUGGAAACAACUGGGCUGCAGCAUACAGGGACAGAUACUGGAAGCAGAGCCACUUCCAAGCCAUAGAAAUGGUCCAAAACGCCUUGGAGUUGGCAUAUGGUCCAACACCGCCCACGCUGUUGUCUGCUGCCAUACGCUGGAUGUACCACCACUCCCAGCUCAAGGGUGACCUCGGCGACGGUGUAAUCAUUGGCAUGUCCAGCAUGGAGCAGCUGGUACAGAACCUGGCAGCCGCUGAAGAAGGUCCUCUUGAUGAGAAGGUGGUAAAAGCGUUUGAGGACGCUUGGAAGCUGGUCGUUCACGAAUGUCCCAACUACUUCAGAUAG